AAUGUUUACUAUUAAGUACAUAUUUUGGUUUGUUGAUAUUUAUAAAAAUAGAAAAUGUCUGAAGGAUCUUCAUCUGAGUCGGAAACUAGUGCUUGUAGUUCCAAAUACGAUCCCCUCAAGGCACUUUAUUCAGAAAAACCCAAGUUGCCAGAUAAAAAGGCGCCGAUGUACGAGAAUUUAGUUCAAUACGAGGCCGCUUUGAAAUAUAAUGAUUCGCAAAGUUCUGCUAUUAUACCAGUGGGUCAAACUAAGCUCGUACAGCAGCGAGAAGAAGAGAAGGAACGAAAGAAGCAGGAACAGCAACGAUUACUUGAAGAAAAGAAUAAACAGCGCUUUGCACAAUAUGAAGUACCGGUUCGGAAGGAGAGGCGAGUGAAAAACGUACUCACUCGUAUAGAGGGUAUCCAGGGACCCCUCGCCGCUCUCAGGGAUUGCGUCGACUUGGAGUUAAGGAUUAAGGUAAUAACGAGACACGCGACCGGCGUCCGGGGAGAACUCUACGGGACCCUGGUGGCCUUCGACAAGCAGUGGAACCUCGCGCUACGUGACGUGGUCGAGGUGUGGCGGAGGAAGGCUCCAGGGAAGAGGAAAAUACCACCCGGGUUAGGUACCCCAGUACAGAAAGGUACUGCGGCCGCUAUAUCGCCUGUGCCAGUGGUGACGGAGACUCCGUUGGGUGGCGGCAGGUGGGAGUGCACCAGACACCUCCCCCAGAUGAUGGUACGUGGGGAACAUGUGGUGUUGGUGAACGUGGUGGAGAGGCGGUGACGUCACCAGGAUGACGUCACCGUAAGGAACAUAGGGACAAGGAACAUUGUCGAGUCGUUUUAUAGUGUUUCACUAUUUACGUAAAAGUGGAGUGACCGGCAACAAUGUUGUAGGAUCGUAGAGGUCGCGUCAGGUCGAAGUGUUGAGCGUUGAGACCUGAGAUACGUUCCUGUGACAUAUGACAGACAAACAACACCGCUUGAACUAUAUGUAGCAGCUUUUUAUAUACAGCGCAGUACUGAGGGUCGGAACGCUUUAGACGGACUCGCUAGGUAUAAAUAAUGAAAUAUGCGAUGGCCAAUAAGAAGAAAAUAAAGCGACGAGGUGAAGUUAACAAGUAAUACUAUCUUAAGAUACAUUAUAUCGCAUGUAAGACGCCGUACUCCUUGCAGUAUCACAGGUUCUCUGAGGAUGUUCCAAGUUUAUUUUAUAUUAAAUUACUUGGUUUCGUUGGUUUACAUUUUCCCGUACACAAUGCGCGUGUGACGCGUCGGCCUCUCGGACGCCGCGGUUCAUGCUUUAAUAUAAAUAUUUAUGCGGCGCUGAUCGUUUGUUGUCUCACGGAGAUGCCGAUACCUGAACUUCUUUUUCUCAUUAUUGUGAAGCUGAUCAUUGAUCGCAAUGAAUCCACACAGUCCUGCCAUGCGAAGGCGUCUGGUGCUCGGACGUGUUAUACAGAAAGAAGCAGCUGUGGUGUUACACGCUUGCUUGUGGAUCUGCGGAGGGCUAAGAAUGAUCGUCGAGCUACAGAGCAGACAUUAAGUUAUUAAGAUGAAUUACGUCUAUAAGUCUUUCGUUUACUAUUCACUUACAAUAUUAUUAUUAUUACUAUUAUUCUGUUAUUAAAUUAAUAUUAGUAAUAGUGCUGUGGAGUUACGAUCCGAGCAGCAACUCUUGUAUGUUAAUAUAUAUACUGUGAAGUCCG